GAUUGUGUUAAUGAUAGCUCAAUCACCAUUAAAGUUUUCUAGUAAAAAAUGAGUCACAGUAAAGCUACAGUUUGAUUCACUUAAAUUGCGAUAAGCUUUUUUGAAACGAAAACUAAAUUUAAAUACAUUUUUAAGCGACAGUCAUGAAUUGGAAACCGAAUUCAUUGGUACUUUUAGCGUGGCUUAUUAGCUUCUGCGGGGCUCAGAUCCCAUGUACUAGGGAUUCUGGAGAUGUACCACCACCUAAAUUUACUAUAACGGAUAAAAAGUGUUGUUUGGAAUGGGAAUCUAAGAACUGGAAUAAUCAUGACGCCUAUUUGGACUGGCAAAUGGAGCUUCUUCCCCAUAAUCCCAAGAUCAAGCGACAGAGGCUUGUGCCAAGCGACGACGAUUCCAACCUUGAAGAGGAUUUAUGCUUUAAUAUCCCCUCGAUCCCCUACCAGAAAUACGACUUGAAACUGUCGUGUAGCUACACGGAUCGUCUUGAGCCUUGGACGGAUGACUACUAUCCGCUAACCUUUUCAACUCCGCCCGCGGUUCCGUUUCAUCCACCGAAGUUUGUACCCAAUGGAUUUUUUCACGAUCCCCUAAAGAGGCAGCUUUCCGUCUUAUGGGUGCCACUAGACGAAUUGCAGUUUAAUGGGCCCAACUUUUCGUAUGUCGUAACCACGGACACGGGUAAGAGUGCCCUCCUUCUGAGCAACAACUCCGCCGUAUUCCACGACUGGGACGCCACGCGUUCGUUCAUCGUUUCUGUUUGGAGCCAGAACUCUCUGGGACCUUCGAAGGAAUGCACCCAACUAAAAGUGCCCAUUUUGACCCAGGACAGGAGUCAUCAGCCGCAGGAGUUGCGGUAUCACGAAGACAACUUUACCAUCUCUUGGCAGGCUCCUCAGGAUCAGGAGGGUCUUAUUGGUUACGUGGUCAGCUGGUGCUCCGCUCCCAAAAACAGUUCACAGAUCUGUGAUGACCACUAUCCCAUUCAUUAUAAGGAACUAGAGCCAUCUAAACAGCAGCUCACGUUUGUUAUGCCGACAAGGUUGCACAAUGUGGCAGUAUCGGCCAAGUACAAAGACAGUUUUCUCGGUGGAGAGCCGCUAGUCGUUCCAAAAUCGGGUACCAUCAUCUCUAAAGUAGACCUCAGAGUAUCUGCAUUACUUUCCAGUUUUCUGUUCUGUCAGCUGUCUCUUGUUGUCUGGCCUGCUAAUUCCCUCCAUUAA